AUGCCGGCACGCUUUGCGGCGACUGUGCCUGCCAGCCAGGCGGCCAUCACGCCAUCUUGGGCGAGCGGCAUGGCCCUAGAGCUGCUCAUGCAGCGGCGCGCCGCGGCUCCCCCGGCGCCCGUUGGUCUUCAGCUGCCCUCGAUGGCAACGCCGCCGACGCCCAACACCCCUGCAGCCGCACUCGACCUCAGCCUGUGCUGCUCGCCGCUGUUGCGCGUCAGUGCCAGCUGCGGCGUCUGCGCGACAACCGCCGCACGUGCCGAGGCGCAGGCGGCGGCGACGCGGGUCCACGCGCAGCACGAGCUAGAGGCCGCGUGUCUCGUGCACUCUGCAUCUGAGGCGCGCCUGCAGCGGCAAAUCGAAUCCCUCACGCAGCAGCUGGCCGACUCGCGCCGCAAGGCCGAGGCGCUCAGCCGCGCAGCUGCCGCGCGCCGCGCCGCUGAGUCAGCCGCGUUGUCCCUGGGGGAGCCCUCCUCACCCAUUCUCGACCAGCUGGCCGCCGCCAAGACCGGCGGCCGCGUCAGCAGCUUCUUCGAGCUCUGCGGCGACGGCGCGACCCAGGCUGACCGCGCCGCUGCCGCCGAGGUGGUGGUCGCGCUGCAGAACACCCUGAGCUUUGCCCAGGACGUGGCGGCAGGGGGCGCGCUGCUGGUGGAUUGCGCACGCUGCGGCUGCACGCAAACGGAAGAGCAGGCGCGGCCAUGGCCGGCCGCUGACGGCUGCCGUGGCCGCAACAACACACCGAGCAAGGCAAAUGGAAGCCUGGCCACGAGCCUGGAAGGGAGCACCCUCAGCAUCGCCCUCAGCAACAACAGCGGCAAGGCGGCAAGUGUCAGCUCCGUGGCGAUAGAUAGAUAG